AGCAUCGCCACUUCUUAAAGGAUGGUCUUCCCUUCCUCCCCUCUUCACAGAGCUCAGCUCCCCAUAAGCUACUCCAGAGAGAGAGUGUGUGAGAGAGAGAUAUCAGAAAUGGCCAUAGACUUUCAUUUAUGUGAUGAUGCAGAUGAAGACUACAUAGACAUGGAAGUCAGUUCAUACUCCAACUUCCUCUGUCACUCCAUUAGCUCUCCUCCACACCCCAGAGAGUUUGAGUUCCACAUGUCAUCAAGCUCUCUUGAGAGAGAAAUCACAACUUCCCCAGCUGAUGAGCUCUUCUACAAAGGGAAGCUCCUUCCUCUUCACCUUCCUCCACGCUUGCAAAUGGUGGAAACACUCCUCCAGAACUCCAACUCUGCUUUCCAUGACAACACUGAUACCUUCAGAGACUUCUAUAGCACUCCAUUAACCACCACUGCCACCACACCGACUACAACCAGCACCCCAUUCGAAUCCUGUAAUAUCUCACCUUCAGAAUCUUGCCGGGUUAGUGGAGAACUCAAUCCAGAUGAGUAUUUCUUGGAGUACUCAACUGAUAUGAGCAGUUUCAUCAGUGACAACCCAAAAAAGUCCUGGAUGAAAAAGUUUAAGCUCAUCAAGCAGUCCUCCUUCGGUCUGAAGUUGAAGGCUUCCCGGGCUUAUCUCAAGUCCUUGUUUGGUAAACCCGGCUGCUCAGAUGAGUCCUGUGUGGCACCUGCAAGGACGGUAGAUGAAGCUUCAGGUUCAAAAUCCAAGGAGUCCUUAAGUAAGUACAUGAAGGCAAAGAAAAACCCAUUUGGACUUCAGAAGGACAGUUACCAGAUGUCAACUAGUGACACAAGGAGCUCUAACAAAGAAAAGAUCAAUGAGGAUGGGGGUCACCAUAGAAGGUCAUUCUCAGGAGCUUUCAAACGGCAUUUAAUAACCAAGUCUUCAUCUUCUUUAUCUUCAUCUGGAUCUUCUUCGUCCUCAAGCUCAAGUAAUGCAAAUGGGUCUCAUGAGUUCCAGUUUCUCAAGAGAAGUAGCAGCGCAAACUCAGAGUUUGAGUGCUCAAUUCAGGGAGCAAUCGCUCAUUGCAAACAGUCUCAGCAGCUGUUCCGAUCAAGAAAGACUGUUAGUGAAGUUGGGUUUUGCACAUUGUCAGCUUCCAGGAUUGCAGUUUGUGAUGACCAAGAAAGACCAGUUCUUUGCCGAGGCUGAAGAGAAGAGAGACGGAGAGAGAGAGGACAACAAGGACAAAGUACGAAGUUUGAUUGGUAUAUUGUGUUCCUUUUUUAUCCUUUCAAAAUUUUGAUGAUUAGCAUGCUCUGAUUCAGUACAAGAUCAGAACUAUGCAUGGCUCUCCUGUACUCUGAUAGACCUGUUCAUCAUGUGAAAGUUUCAUGAAAAUGCAGAAUAAAAUUCUCUCUUA